AUGACCACGAAGCGGAAGCUGAUUGGCCGGCUGGUGCCGUGCCGUUGUUUCCGUGGCGAGGAGGAAGUGAUCUCGGUGCUGGACUACUCUCACUGCAGCCUGCAGCAGGUCCCCAAAGAAAUCUUCAGCUUCGAGAGAACUCUGGAGGAGCUCUACCUCGACGCCAACCAGAUCGAGGAACUACCCAAGCAACUCUUUAACUGCCAGGCCUUGAAGAAGCUGAGCAUGCCCGAUAACGACCUGUCCAACCUGCCCACCACCAUCGCCAGCCUGGUCAACCUCAAGGAGCUGGACAUCAGUAAAAAUGGUAUCCAGGAGUUUCCAGACAAUAUCAAAUGCUGUAAAGGUCUUUCUGUGGUGGAGGCCAGUGUCAACCCUAUCACCAAACUCCCCGAUGGUUUCACGCAGCUCCUGAAUCUGACCCAGCUCUUCUUAAACGAUGCCUUCCUGGAGUAUCUGCCGGCGAACUUUGGCAGACUCUCCAAACUACGGAUCCUGGAGCUGAGAGAGAACCACCUGAAAACCAUGCCAAAGUCUAUCCACAGACUGACACAGUUGGAAAGGUUGGAUCUGGGUAGCAACGAAUUCUCUGAAGUGCCAGAGGUGUUGGAGCAAAUCCACAACUUAAGGGAGCUGUGGAUGGACAACAACUCUCUACAGUCCAUACCAGGGUCGUUAGGGAAGCUCCGGCAGUUGCGAUACUUGGACUUAGCUAAGAAUCGAAUUGAGACGUUGGACACGGACGUCUCAGGCUGCGAGUGCUUAGAGGACCUGCUGCUGUCCUCCAACAUGCUGCAGCAACUCCCUGACUCUAUAGGAAUGUUGAAGAAGCUGACAACACUGAAGGUGGAUGACAACCAGCUGAACUCACUGCCUAACACCAUCGGGAGUGCGAAGCCCAAGCACGGUCUGUCUCUGUUGGAGGAGUUGGACUGUAGUUGUAACGAGUUGGAGUCGUUGCCUCCCACCAUCGGGUACCUGCACAACCUGAGGACCUUCGCCGCCGACGAGAACUUCCUCUCAGAGCUGCCCCGGGAGAUCGGUAACUGUAAGAACGUGACGGUGAUGUCGCUGCGGUCCAACAAGCUGGAGUUCCUACCUGACGAGAUCGGACAGAUGAACAAACUACGAGUUCUUAAUCUGAGUGACAACAGGUUAAAGAAUCUACCGUUUACCUUCACGAAGCUGAAGGACCUGGCAGCUCUGUGGCUUUCUGACAAUCAGUCCAAGGCUCUGAUCCCUCUGCAGACAGAAGCCCACCCAGAAACCAAACAGAAGGUUUUGACCAACUACAUGUUUCCUCAGCAACCAAGACAUGAUGAGGAUUACCAGUCGGACAGUGACAGCUUCAAUCCCACCCUGUGGGAGGAGCAGAGGCAGCAGAGGAUGACCGUGGCUUUCGACUUCGAGGACAAGAAGGAAGAGGAGGACAACUCUGGGAAGGUCAAGGUGGAGAUCAACCUGAAGCGCUACCCAACACCUUACCCUGAGGACCUGAAGAACAUGGUCAAGUCAGUGCAAAGCCUUGUGGGGAAGAACGUACACCCCGGACACGGGCACCCGCACCAGCACCAGCAUCAGCACCAGCACCAGCACCCGCACCAGCACCCCCACCAGCACCAGCUGAGCACAGGCACUGCCACCUCGGCAGGAACCAACAUGGAACACACGCACCUCAGCAAAGAACCGUACGAGCCACCGUGGCCGCUACCACCUAAAGAGGUGACGGACAGAGAGAUGCAGGACUUCUCUCAGGCUCAGCUCAUGGAUCAGGGAUCAAUGCAUAACUCCGGCAUCGACAUUCCCAAGAGGAAAGACAAAGAGGAUCUGACAGAGAGCUCAGAGGACUCGAUGGGCGGCUCCCCCAACGACAUCCGCAUCUCCGACAUGAGGCCCACGCUGGUGGAGCCGCCCAUGUACAAACCAAAGGUGGUGCUGCUGGGCAAAGACAAGAAAGAAUCUACCGAUGAGGAGAUGGAUAAGCUCCACUGUCUGAACCACAGCGGCUCCUCGGCCACCUACUCCGACUACUCCCCCUCACAGGGCUCCUCGGGCUCCUCCAACCCUCCCGCCAACGCACAUCCGCACCAACACUCUCACGCACACGCACACCCUCACCCACACCCACACCCGCACGCACAUCCGCACCCCCACCCACACCCGCACCCGCAUCCGCACAAUCAAACUCACCCUCCCGUCCUGCCGGCCCCCAACAAGGACCAGGCCCCCCAGACACACUGGACCAACAGACUGGCUCAAUCGUUCCCCAAGCCCAUUGAUUCCAAGCCCCUGCUCUCUCAGAGAGAAACCCCUCCAUCGGGAACCCUGCAGCAGCGUGGGGACCGGCGCCCGCUCAGCGAACCCUUCGACUGGGCGGAGGCUCCUCACUAUGACAACACGGGGUUCGAUGCCGAGGAGUCUCCACUGGACCCUUCGUCCGGUACAAGUCAGGGAAACCCUUCGCUGGGCUCCAAGCCGCGCAGCCAGUCCACACAUGGGCGCCGCCCGCUCCUCAGGCAAGAGAGAAUCGUAGGAGUUCCUCUGGAGCUGGACACCCAGACGCUGCCCUACCACAGCAACCAACGUCCCCCCCCAGACAACGACCCACAAUCCGCACACUCCCAGAAUCCUUGGCAGAAUUGGACCCGAACUCCGAGCCCGCUGGAGGACAGGACCGCCUUUCCAUCCAAGCUGGACCUGACGCCCUCCUCCAGCCCAAACCCCGACCGUAAGGACAGGUAUGUGCUGGACCAAGGAGGAGGGGGUUUGCCUGGCAGCUGGACGUACCACGACAAUCAGGGCGAGCAGAACAGGAAGGAUCAGCUCAGCGUCAGCGGGGGCAACAAGGUGACGGUGGUGAUGAGCAAAAGCUCGGACCGCCUGUCCCCCAUGAUGAAAGAGACGAGGUCCAAGUUCAAGAAGUCCCAAAGCAUUGAUGAGAUUGACAUUGGCUCCUAUAAGGUCUACAGUAUUCCAGUGGACAGCUACAGUUCAUCCAUCGAGCAGCAGACCAGUUUGGACCGGCCGGAUCUACCCGGGUCUAUGGAGCAGACCAACAUGAGCCGAUCACAAUCGGCCCCCAUGUUAGAUGAUGAGCUGGGCUUCUCCGGACAAAACCAAAAACCUGCCAUCCCACAUAAAGCCUACCACUUUGACCAGAACUACAAUCCCCAGGUGACCAUGGACCGUCGGGUCCCGCCUCCCUUCCCCAACACACCGGAUUACUCCAACCACGCAUCCAAGGCCUUGGAGUACCUAAACCAGCCAGGGAAGACGUUACCGAAGGAGCUGGUGAGCCCUCGGUAUCGUGCGUAUCCGCCGCUGGAGAUGUUUUCUUUCCCCCAGUCGCCAAUCAGCCCGGACGGACCGCCCAGCCAGCAGCAGCAGCCAAUCCCAAUGCAGCGCUCCAGGCCAGGGUUUCUGAGGAGAGCGGAUUCGCUGGUGAGCUCCACAGAGCUCGCCUUGUUCCGCAGAGUCCAUGAAGCCCAGCAGGAGGCGCUGCAGGAGGCUCAGUACAGACAGCAGGCCGACCCCCCUCUCUACAGCCGGGCUCUUGCCUACUCCAGCCCCAUGGAGCACUCGGCUCUCACCAACAUGGUCGACAGCCAGGGCCAGAUGAUGCACAACAAGAGAAAUGGUCGCUAUGAUGACGACUAUCCCACCUACCAGGAGCAGAAGAAGCCCAUGAUCGGUUACCCGACCAAGAGCCUGACUCAGCGACGCCCCCUGUCUGCCAGGAGCUAUAGCACUGAGACCUACGGAGCAUCUCAGGCCCGUCCAGUGUCAGCUCGUCCCACCAUGGCCGCCCUGCUGGAGAAGAUGCCCCCUGACUACACCCUGGCAACCUGCCCCGAGAAAGCACUAGACGACACCAUCAAAAUUAGACCUGGGGUGCAACUGAAACCCGAAGACAUCACCUCCAAGAUGCCUGCAGACUGGAGGCAGCAGCUACUCAGGCACAUAGAGGCCAAGCGAUUGGACAGGAGUGGUGUCCUAAAGCACAACACGCUCACGCUGGGCAUGCUCUGUCAGGGUCACAGCCAGGGGCGCAGCAGCACUUUGAACUUUAACCUUUACAAUAGCACUAAGCAUGAGCCCCCUGGUGGCCGCUGGCUGCCACUGCCGCCUCCUCCGUCUGCUAACGCCACCCCCUCUCAGCAAGCCGCCAUGCUGGAUAAUGACCAGGAGGGGGUGUCAGGGAACCAGUGGGCUCCCUACUCACUCGGCAGGAGAGACGUCCCACCCGACAACCUCAUGAAAAAGAGCGCCCACUCCCACAACACGUCCCACCAAUCACACAACACCAUGAUCGUUACUUCCUCUUCCUCCUCCUCUUCCACCACGCCUCACCGCGUGGUCGGGCCGCAGGGAUACGACGGGAUGAUGAGUAAGGGAAUCCAGUACCAACCAGGGAUGCCCCUGUCAGUGGUUCCCUCUGGGGGGCCGGGCCAGUACCAAGGCAACAUGUCUCAAGGUCUCCCCUCCCCUGGUCAGCCUUACUCCAGCAGCGGCCAUCCCAUGGCCCUGUCCCCGUCCGGGAACCAGACCCAGUACAACCCCCACUCCUCCCACAGCUCCCAUCAGCCCUCCUUGCCCGCCACCAACCCCCAGUACCACGGCAACCAGGGCAUGGGCAUGGUCCAUAGCAACCAGGUCAUCAUGUCCACCCACACCAACCCGCGGCCUCAGAGCGCUCGCUGCCUGUUGCAGACUAAAGGGCAGAAGAGCACGGAUGGUUUCCAGGAACAGAUGUGUGUGAGAAUAGAGAAGAACCCUGGUCUUGGUUUCAGUAUCUCUGGUGGCAUCAGUGGCCAGGGGAACCCCUUCAAGCCCUCCGACAUGGGUAUCUUUGUUACUAGGGUACAGCAUGACGGGCCCGCCACCUCCGCCCUGCAGCCUGGAGACAAGAUACUGCAGAUUUACAGUUUAGCUGGAUGA